AUGGCGCUGAGUAAAUCGGUUCUUACAGGGACUGCUUCCACCGACCGUGAUGAAGUCGACGCCGACUUUGCAAAGCGAUGUCGCGUCGCCGAUACGACGGAUUUUGUUCAGAGAAUGUUCCCAGUUCCCAGUGACACCAUCAACAAAGUGUUUGCGAAACUCCAGACCUCCGGGAUUUACGACGGCAAGCGUUGGAAAGACUUUCCUCUUGAGAAGGCUCGCGUCAAGGAAAAGGCACUCUACGCGCCUUUCAUUCAAGCCGCCAAUGCCAUCCGUGAGGCCACUGAACCGGUUGAGGGGCCGAAGAAUUGA